AAACUUCAUUACCAGAAAAGGAAAUCACGAGUGUCAAAUUAAGAAGUAUCCAAAAAAAAUAUUUUGGAAAUUUUUGUUUCAAAGUAAUUAAGAAAGUUCGGUUAUUCGAUAUGGCGAGUGGCGGAGACGCGCCGGUUACUGUUCUACCUAAACAUAUGACUUACUCGAAUUCUAGAGUACCGGUAUUGGGGGCGUUGAUUGAUUAUGUGGACACCAGCAUCCAAUAUUUGAGGAAGAAGACUUUCGCACAAGCGGAGAAACUGCACGCGAAGUCCUCGAGGGCGACACUGUCUGCCAGCUUCCUCGCUACCGUCUGUCUGAUGCUAGGGUUCGUAUGCAACGUGAAGUUUGAGGUGGUGACCGUGGACGAGGAGCCUCUGCCUAAUGACUUGCAUUUCAUGCUAAUGAGCAAGGAGGACAAGCUGUACAUCGAUGAUAUUGACGUGUCGCGUGUGAUGUGGUGUGUGGAGGCGUCUGACAGUCUUGUUAUAUUAAUUAGCAGUUUGCUAAUAUGGAACUCUUCAAACGUGCGCUCUCCACUAAGUGAGUACCUAUUCCUCCCCUGGCUAGGCGCAACCCUCCGCGGUCUGUUUUUGCGGCAGGCCCCCACAGCCGGAGCCCUCCUCUAUACGAUGGCAGUCAUCAACGGCAACGUCAACCCUCUCUUCCUGACUGCUUUCUCGUUUUUAUUCCUAUUGGAAGCGCGGUUGUGGCUGGAGAUUGCUCGUCUGGUGCGCUCGAGGUGGGAGCGGCGCGAGCAUGCCAUCGCCUCGCAGGGCUCGGAGUACGAAGUCGAAACUCUAUGGAGCAACGACGAUGUCCAAAGCAUUGAAAUGAGAAACUACGUUUAUUAGCUUGCUACGUUUAUACCUCGCUAAUAUUUACUUAGUCACCGAGUAAUGGAUAACUGAACGUUUAAAAUAUUUUAAAAAUAAUUUAUAUCUACUGUUUUGUUGCUUUUCUAAAUGGUCGACGACGUGAUUUCCUUUAGGGAGGCGAACUGACAAAAUGUUGCAUGUCGUAUCUCUGUGGGUACCUUUUUAAUUUUUAGUCGCUUGGGUAAUUUAAUUAGUACCUAAUCACUGUCGGUUUUGUAGCCAUACAUUUCUAUUUUUGUAAUUAUUCCGUUAUAUUUUUGUACGUACGUAGUUAAAUUUUUUAAUGAUACUUUUUAAUUAAUUUAAUAAAGAUUGUUGUUAGUUA